AUGAUUUCAGUGACGAAUAUAUUUUGGACUUUUAUAUAUAUUCAUGUAAUAUCUAUGUCCAUUUAUUUGUACAAUCAAGGAGUUGUGCUGGACCCAGCUCUGUAUUUAGCGCCCAGCCCACCUCUGACUCCUUCAAAAGACAUCGAUGAAAAAAAACUAUGGUCGAUGCCACCAAACACUUUAAUCACAAGUACAGCGAACUUGGCCGAAUUCUAUGAAAAGUCCAGUACAACAUCGAUCAAACCAGAAUCUCUAGAAGUAGCGGAGACAUUUUGGCCAAGCUACCGGUCUUCCGGUUUAAAAGGGAUUUACUUCCCAUUAAGUAUUCAUCUUUCUGGUACUUAUGGAGGUGGCAGUUCCGGAUCAAGUGUAUACAGCAGUUCCUAUAUUGAUAUGGCUAAUGCUUAUGACAAUUUAGCCAAAGCUGUACGACCUGGCAUUAAUUAUAGUCCUCUAGGCGGUCAUACAAGUUUAAGGAUAUUUGGUAGCAAUAACAGACCUUCAUGGGGUGGGUGGGGUAAUGGCAGAUGGGGUCAUUAUGGCAAAGGAUAAAUACUACAUUGCUACAACCUCAACUACAUAUAAAUAAAAAUUAAUUAUUUUAAAA